AGCAACUGUAAAUAGAUCCUAAAGCUUCAAUUAAAUUCUAUUAUAAAUUCAGAUCUUUCAUCAUGUCUGGAACUACUCUUCACCUACGCUCUGAGUGUAAGUAAUCGCCAGCACAAAAUUCCAUAGCCUACUAACGCAAGCAUCAGUGGGAAAAGCUCUUGAGCAUAGAUCAGCUCUUACCCCUACUACAGCCAAAGCUCUCAUCGAUGCCGGAUACACAAUUAAUGUCGAGCGUAGCCCAGAACGUAUAUUCGAUGACGAGGAGUUCGAGAAGGCUGGAGCUACUCUUGUGCCAGAAGAUACAUGGAGGCAAGCACCAAAGGAUCAUAUUAUUAUUGGUUUGAAGGAACUACCUGUCGAAGACUGUAAGUCUCUGCUUGAAUCACUACCAAUGGGAAAAAGUCUAACACCUAGAAGUUCCUCUUGAGCAUGUUCACGUACAAUUCGCACACUGUUACAAGCAACAAGGUGGCUGGGACACCGUUCUAUCACGGUUUCCUCGCGGCGGCGGAACUCUCCUAGAUCUCGAAUUUUUGACAGACGAUAAAGGCAGAAGAGUUGCAGCUUUUGGAUACCAUGCUGGAUUUGCUGGUGCAGCAUUGGCACUCGAAACUUGGGCAUGGCAACUCACUCAUCCAGCAUCAGAGCCAUUCCCAAGCGUAUCAAGCUAUCCUAAUGAAGAUGAGUUGAUUGCCGACGUAAAGAAAGCCAUUGCGGCUGGACAAGAAAAGACGGGCAAAGCACCACGAGUUUUGGUUAUCGGAGCAUUGGGCAGAUGUGGAAGUGGAGCAGUUGAUCUCUGUUUGAGAGCCGGUGUGCCAACAGAGAAUGUCUUGAAGUGGGAUAUGGCAGAGACUGCCAAGGGAGGACCAUUUCCAGAGAUUGUCGAGAGUGACAUCUUCAUUAACUGCAUAUACCUCAUGUCCAAGAUUCCAAACUUUGUCGACGUGCAAAGCCUUAAUACCCCAAACCGCAAAUUGUCAGUCGUCUGCGAUGUCAGUGCUGAUACCACAAACCCCAACAAUCCAAUUCCAAUCUAUACCGUUGCGACCACAUUUUCAGAGCCGACUGUCCCAGUCGAGGUCAAAGGGGAACCUAGACUAAGCGUCAUCAGCAUUGAUCACUUACCAAGUCUAUUGCCAAGAGAAGCAAGCGAAGCAUUCAGCAAGGACUUGUUACCAAGUUUGUUGACAUUGAAGGAUUGGAGAAGUACUCCAGUUUGGGCGAAGGCCGAGAAGUUGUUCCAAGAGAAGGUUGCCACAUUGCCUAAGAAAGAGGCAUGAAUAGUAGAUAUCAAAAACUUUCUUUCGGAAUAUGGCACUACAAAAUAUAAAAUACAAUUGAUUACAGAACAAGGUUAAUCCUCCAUCCUGUCUA